AUGUCGAAUCUGCUCUUUCGCCGCGCGGCGGCCACCCGCGGGCUUCGGGUGUUCACCUACACCGUCGUCCCCUUGGCCCCGACGGUGGGGGUGCUGCAGUGGGUCGACCACGCGAUCCCCUUCGGGGCCUACUUGACAGGGGACGGGAAGACCGGCGGGGCCCACGGGCGGUAUUUCCCCGACGAGCCCACCUCGCAGGCCUGCGCGGCUCGGCUUGCCGAGGUCGCGGGGGCCCGCGCGGCCGUCAAAAAGCGCGUCUUGCUCGACCUCUACGCGGAAUUCAGCCCCGCCCUGCACUAUUUUUUCUGGGAGGGGUUUGCCGAGGUCGGGGCGUGGUGGGGGGCGCGGCGGGCCUUCACCGACAGCGCCGCCGCCGCGAGUCUCGUGGGCUACGUUGUCGGCCUCGGGGAUCGCCACGGGGGGAAUCUUCUCCUGCAUCGCCGCACCGCCGAGUGGAUUCACGUCGAUUUGGGCAUCGCCUUUGAUCAAAGUCGGAUGUUGCCGAUCCCGGAGCAGGUGCCCUUUCGCCUCACGCGGAAUGUCGUCGACGGGCUCGGGGUGGAGGGGGUUGGGGGGGGGUUCGCCGCCGCCGCGGAGGCCGUCCUCUGGCGGCUGCGCGAGCGCCGGGAGCUCCUGUUGGCCAUUCUCGACGCCGUCGUGCAGGAUCCGCUCACGCGGUGGGCGAUUCGACCCUUUUCGGACUCCUCGGAAGGGGUCGAGGCCUCGUUGAACGCCUCGGCGGCCUUUGCGAGGGCCCGGCGGCGGCGCGGAAACGCCUCGGCGGGGGAUGCCCGGCGAACGCUGGCGAGGGUCGCCGACAAACUCGCCGGGGUCGACGGGAACGAGCAGCUCGGGGUGGGGGUGCAGGUGCGCAAACUCAUCCAGGACGCGCAGAGCGUGGAGAACCUCUCCAUGAUGUUUCGCGGAUGGUCGCCCUGGUUGUGA